UGUAAAAUUUUUAAGCUUUGGCAACCAUGUUUAUGAGUUGUCAAACAAAGUAAAGAAAAGAAGAUUAUACGAAUGGUGGUUGAUACGAGAAUAGCAGAAAAAUUAUCGGAAAAUAAUUAAAACGAGAUACAUUUGUGAAAAUAGGAGUAUAUAAUUGUAUAUAUUUCAUUUUUUAAUUAUUGUGGGAGCUAAAGAUGAGUGUUUUACCAUAUCAACCAACAAGCGAUGAGGAUAUCUUUCGCCUAUGCACAAAGGAAUGCGGGAUCAUCACAGCCACAGAGGAUCAGCAAUACUUUGCAUUAGGCUGUAUGUUUUGUCCGACCAAAUUUCUGUAUUUCGACGCUUUUAUUGGACAUAUGCAAACAGAUCAUGGACCACAAACACUGGGCCAAAAGGGACUGUUUGGUGAUAUGCUGGGACUCGGUUAUAAUGGCUCCUAUAGUGAAAAUGAUAGCGGUCAUAGUGGCGUCGCCGCAGAAGAUCUUACAGACACCGAUCCCUCGCUUUUAGUACCACAAACAGUUAUGAUUAAAGAGGAAGUAGGAGAUGACGCAUUAGAACCACCAAAACAUGAUGACUCCAUAAUUACAGGAUUAUCAACAGAAAAUGAAUUAGCAGACACUGUGAAUUCUAUGUACCCAGUCAAACAGGAGCAUUCAGAGCCGGAAGUUGCAAUGGAAGCAGACGGUGAGAGCUAUAUGCCUGAUAACUAUGGAAAUUAUGAAGAUUUCACUAAUAAUGGUGAUGAAGAUGAACACAAUUAUCAAGAAGAUGAUGAAAAUAAUUAUGAUGACUUAGUUGAACAAUCGUUAUUGGGCGGAAACCAUGAAAUGGAAUCAGGUUUAACUAUGCAUAUAAAAGACCGCAAAAUGAUUCAAUUUCUUAUCGACUCUUAUCGGCGCAACACAUUUCUUUGGGAUCAUCGACAUCCACAAUUUCGUGAUCGUUCUAAAAGACAGCACUUUCUCGAUUGGAUUGUAAUGGAAUUUAAGCGGCGGUUUAACUUAUCUUUGGCAAAGGAUGCAGUUACCCGAAAGUGGGACAAUUUAAGAACUGUAUAUAAAAGGGAAUGCAAUCGAAUGUCUUUAGAAAAUACCAACAUCAGUACACUCUGGUAUUUUAAGGAUUUACAUUUUCUUAAUCGGUUUUAUGGUGGAAAUCAAAAGAUGACUGAGGCUGUCGUAAAGGAAACAGUAUACCGACGUCGGUCCUCGGCACUUUGGAAUGAUGUCUCUACUAUGAAACUUUUAUCAAUGGUCGAACAAUAUCCAUGUUUUUAUAAUAAAUACAACAUAGACUACCGUAGCAAAGAAAAACGAGGAGAAGCACUACAGCAAAUGGCGGCAGAACUGCAAAAGAUGAUUGAGGUCAGCACCAUACAAAUAUCAAAGCGUAUUUCUCAAUUGCGUUUUGAUUACUCCAAACAAAAACAAGAACGUUUGCUAUGCGAGCAAAACAAUAAAGUGUUUAUGCCAACUUACAGUUACUACGAUCAAAUGCAGUUUAUGGAUGCGGAUAUUGCACCAUUUAAAUGUGAAUUUUGUCCUGUUAUUGUGCAAUCACCACGAGAACUAGAUACACAUCUCAAUACGCAUCAGCCAGAGGGUACUUACGCAUGUAAUAUCUGUCCUGUUAGCUUUUUAGACGUUGAUCAGUUGAACCAGCAUAAGCAAAUACACACACCCACAAGUAAGGAGGUAAAAUACUGGUGCGACUUAUGCACAGCUAGUUUUCGAACUAAGGAAGUGUACGAUGAACAUAUGCGUCGACAUAACGAUGAACUCUUACUGCCUUCAUUAGCCAAUAUCCCGCAUACAGGCAGUGACAUGGGUAUGGCGGAAAAUGAAAAUCCUCUAUUGCACAUGGAUAAUUCAGAGUACGAUGACGGCUAUUCGUGUGACAUAUGUGGCAAAUCUUUUACCAAUAUGGUGUAUCUCAAUGCGCACCGUGCACAGCAUACCAGUCCCAGUGAGCGUCCAUUCCGUUGUGAUUACUCUCAUUGCGGUCGUUUAUUUCCCACGCGACAAUCUAUGCUAGAACAUGCUAGGCAGCACUAUAACGAUGAAGAAUUUAAAUGCGACAUAUGUGGCAAAACCUUCAAAUCACUUAAAAAUCUGCAGAAUCACAAGCAAAUACAUGAUGCUAUCAAACGAUAUGUGUGUAAGAUUUGUGGCUCAGCGUUUGCGCAAGCAGCCGGCUUAUAUUUGCAUAAGCGUCGACAUAAUCGGCCAAACUCACGCAUACGUCAAGGUUACUGAUCCACUUACAUAAACCUAUAAAAGGUAUUGCAGGCAGCACUUAAAUAUAGCAUUGUAGGUUAAGCAUAUGGAAAAUCAACUACAGUAAUAUUAACACGUAUUUUGCUAUGCGCGAUAUACUUAUAGUAAUAACUGCAUAAAAUAAACAAUUUUAGAUUUUCAAGUAAUUACACUUGUGUUAAUGCAAUACAAAGGUCUAAACGAAGUAGAAGUCAUUACGUUUUUAAGACUAAUUUUUAAUUUUAACUAAUUUUAUUUUUGUAAUUUUACACAGUUACAAUAAAAGAGAUUUUUUAUAACUAGUACUGCAUAUACAUACAUAUAAAAAAUUAUGUAUGCGUACGCUGAAACAAUUCACAAGUAUUAAUACACAAAUCUAUAUUAAUUUAUUUCAAUGGGCACACAUAACGGUGCAAGAAAAUUAUUUUCCAUUAAUUACUCUAGAUUGGUUAUAACAUAGGAAUGUACUUAGAAAUUGUAUAAUGUAAAAUUUAACCUUAAGAAGAAUUAAACAUAAUUAAUAUAAAAAAUAAUCAUAUAUCAAUCGAAUUUAUGCUUUUAAUUUUACUUGGUGUUGGUAUAGAUAAAAUAUUUACCUUUAGUUUAAUAAUACACUAACCAAUGCGAGUAGCUUCACUGUUUUAUGAUUGUUAAAGUGGUUUGUUUCGAAGGACCUAACCACAAAAUUUAGAAUAUUUAUUUUAACAAAAUUACAAAUUCCAAUUUCUUGCUUAAUUAAAGUCUUCUCAAAGUUUCCUAUUGUUUUUAAGUCAUUUAUAUUUUAUGGAUACAAGCAUAUUUACAUAUGUACUCAUACCUUAGUCUGUUACGGGUCUCAGCAAUAAUUUAAAAUAUUUCAUUUUAAAAACAACGUAUACUGUAUAUUUGUUUCAAUAGAAAGCCAUUGUGGUAUGUCGCUUUGAAGAUGGUGCAUAUAUAAGAGACAUGAAAAAAUUACAAUUUUAAUUUUUUCCCCAAAUAAAAAGUAAACCAUAGCAUCAUUAAAGAACGUUUCGACUUGACGGAAAUUAAAAAAAUUAAUAACUUUAAAAGUAGUGGCUGUUUGUGUUGAUCUGACAGAAAAAUCGCUUUUUGAAAAUUCUGACUGCCACUAAUUCCUUGCAUCGAUUUUGGUACGAGUAUAUCACAUACAAACUGUGAAAAGAAUUAUAACUCAUACAAAUUUCUGAAUAAAUUUUUUCAACAUAUCGCACACUAAAUACAAAAGAGUCACAGCUCAUACGCGGACUAAAUACAAAAGAAUCGCAACUCAAACAUUUUAAAAAUAAGUUUUUUUAAUAUAUCAAUUUUGUCAUCACUAUCCAACCUAAUUGGAAAAUCACAGUUAAAUCUACUAUUUUGUUAAUUGCGUCCUCUGCCUUCUGAGCAUUUUACUUUUGUAGUUAGUGUGCGAUGUGUGUAUUAUACAUAUAUUCGUUACAAAAGAUAAUUAUUUAUUUUCAAUAAAAAACACGAUAUAUCUAUGUAUAUCUAUGUAUGUACAUAUAUUUUUUUAAACUUUCAGACUGGCUGAUAAGAAGGAAUGAAUUAUUCGACAUAUUUUAUGGUAACUCGAAUAUUUUUUCAAACUUUUUUUUUUAAUUUCUCCAAAAUACCACAGGAAUUUAAGAAAUAUAUUUAACAUUAUUUGGCGUUUUUAACAGUUGAAACUAUUGCACCACCUUAUAAAAAUUAAAAUUUUAGUUAAAAAAAAGAUUAAUAAUUGAACUAAUUUUUAUAUUAUUUUCAUCGUAAACUUUUAAAAUACAACAAUAAAAAAUUUAAAAAUAUGUUUACGUAAAGGUCUUCAUUCGUCAAAUCCCUGAUCACUUCGCAGAUAGACUCAAAAGGUUGUGGGCUUAAAGUAUGGUUGCAGCGAAAUUAAGAAAAUAUACAUAUUAUUAAUUUGAACAUCUAUAACGCAGAUCAUCAAUUUAUUCAUGAAACAACUAAUAAUUAUAUGCAUACAUCCCUGUAAAUAGACACAAAUAUUACAUAUGUACAUUUUUCAUGUUUUCGGAUAACAUUGCUUGUAUAAAUAAAAAAAAAAACUUAUAAUGAAAAAAUUUUCUUAUAAAUAUAAACACAUAUACCUUUAAACCACAUAUAAUAUUAAUUAAAAAUUUUACUUAAGAAAAUUACGGAAAAAAUUGUUUGUAUAAAUAAAAUCAUAUAAUAAAAAAUGUAAUAAUGAAUAUAAACACAUAUAUCUUUAAACCACAAAUUAAUAAACAAUUUAACUUGAGUAAAUAUCUUUGCAUAUGAAUACGCACAUAUGUGCUUAUAUGUAUGUACAUAUAUGUGACCUGGUCUACGAAAAGGGGGCUUAGGUGCCAAAAAAAAAGGAGAACAAUUAAUGAGAUAACGAGAAACUGACGAUUGUUUUUAACAGCUUUUCCAAGAAAACUAGUUUUCGCACCUAAGCCCUCUUUUCGUAGACCAGGUCACAUAUAUGUAUGUAUAAGCGACUUAUGGAAGAUACGUUUAAAAAAUAAAUAUAAAACAUAGAUACAUAUAUACAAAUAUAUAUAAAUUCGAUCAAAAAUAGUUUUAUAUUGUUUAUAUAAAUAUUAAAUCAAACACUAAUGUUUAAAAGUGUUUUUUGUCGUGCAUACAUAUGUAUGUAUAUCCAACACAUACAUACGUAAGUAAUUGAAUAAAUUUAUAUAGAUAUAUAACAAAUAAAAAUGUAAUGCGCAUAUAGUCUUAUAAAAAUAAGUAGCUAUUAACCAAGUGAAUAAGCCUAAUCACAAGUGUUUUAAUUUCACGAAGCAAAUAUUAUAUGUUUGAAUUUUUUAAGUUUAGAAUUAAGCAAAUAAGGAAUAAUUCGUAAACAAAAACCUAAAAGCAUACAUAAUUGUUUCCUACUAACAAGAAUAAAAUAAAAACUUAGACAUAAACAACAAA